GGCGGGGAAGCGGAAGCGGGCGGUGCUUCGGCUGACUUGGACAUGUCAGCGGCUGGACCGGGAUAGGGCUUUCCUUUCCCGGGAGCCCGAAGGCCUUCUGGUGACCGCCACCAUCGUCACCUCGGAGCGUGGGUCCCAGACCCUGGGCCGCUGUGGUGGAGGCGGAGUUUCCCGGUCCAUCCAGACGCUGUCUGGCGAGAUCGGAAGAUAUGGUCCCGCCCUGCACGUGAAUUACUUCGGUCAGUCAGAGUGAACAUUCAAUAAUGAGUGGUGCAGCUCUGGGACUCGAGAUUGUUUUUGUCUUUUUUCUGGCGUUAUUUCUGCUUCAUCGAUAUGGAGACUUUAAGAAACAGCAUCGACUUGUAAUUGUUGGAACACUGCUAGCUUGGUAUCUCUGCUUUCUUAUUGUCUUCAUACUGCCGUUGGAUGUUAGUACGACGAUAUACAACCGCUGCAAACAUGCUGCCGCCAACUCAAGCCCUCCGGAGAGUAGCAACGGCUCCGGACUGGACGCAACUGCUACCCCAGCUCCAAGCCAACACCCAUGUUUCAAGCCGUGGAGUUACAUUCCCGACGGGAUCAUGCCGAUUUUCUGGAGGGUAGUGUACUGGACAUCACAGUUUCUGACAUGGAUCCUGUUGCCUUUUAUGCAGUCCUAUGCAAGAUCAGGGGGCUUUUCCAUCACUGGGAAGAUCAAGACUGCACUGAUAGAGAAUGCAAUCUACUAUGGCACCUAUUUGCUGAUUUUUGGAGCAUUUUUAAUUUAUGUAGCUGUAAACCCACAUUUGCACUUAGAAUGGAACCAGCUCCAGACCAUUGGCAUCGCCGCCGCGAACACCUGGGGCCUGUUUCUCCUGGUGCUGCUGCUGGGCUACGGCUUGGUGGAAAUCCCUCGGUCGUACUGGAACGGAGCGAAAAGAGGCUACCUCCUUAUGAAGACUUACUUUAAGGCAGCCAAACUGAUGACCGAGAAAGCAGACGCGGAGGAGACUUUGGAAGAUGUCAUGGAGGAGGUUCGUAAAGUGAAUGAAAGCAUCAAGUAUAACCACCCAUUGAGAAAAUGUGUUGACACAAUACUUAAAAAGUGCCCCACAGAAUAUCAAGAAAAAAUGGGUAGGAACAUGGAUGAUUAUGAAGAUUUUGAUGAAAAGCAUAAUACCUAUCCUAGUGAAAAGAGUCUGGUGAAGCUACACAAACAGGUUAUUUAUUCAGUUCAGAGGCACCGUCGAACUCAGGUACAAUGGCAGAUUCUUCUGGAACAAGCAUUUUAUCUAGAAGAUGUAGCAAAAAAUGAAACUAGUGCUACUCAUCAAUUUGUUCACACCUUUCAAUCACCAGAGCCAGAAAAUAGAUUUAUCCAAUAUUUUUAUACUCCUACAGUUGAAUGGUACUGGGAAUGUCUCUUGCGACCGUGGUUUCAUAGGAUGCUUGCCGUGGUCUUGUCCAUAUUCUCUGUGAUUGUCGUGUGGUCCGAGUGCACGUUCUUCAGCACGACCCCUGUCUUGUCCCUCUUUGCAGUCUUCAUCCAGCUGGCCGAGAAAACGUACAAUUAUAUUUACAUCGAGAUUGCUUGCUUCCUUUCCAUCUUCUUCCUGAGUAUCUGUGUGUAUUCUACUGUGUUCAGGAUCCGUGUGUUUAACUACUAUUACUUGGCCUCACAUCACCAGACUGACGCUUACAGCCUCCUUUUCAGUGGCAUGUUAUUUUGCCGCUUGACUCCUCCCUUAUGUCUUAAUUUCCUGGGUCUGACGCACAUGGACUCCUCCAUCUCUCACCAGAACACGCAGCCGACAGCCUACACGUCUAUUAUGGGUUCCAUGAAAGUUUUAUCCUUUAUUGCAGAUGGAUUCUAUAUAUAUUAUCCUAUGCUGGUAGUAAUUCUCUGCAUUGCUACUUAUUUUAGUUUGGGAACUCGUUGUUUGAAUCUACUUGGUUUCCAGCAGUUCAUGGGAGACAAUGAUAUGACCUCAGACUUAGUCGAUGAAGGAAAAGAAUUAAUCAGGCGAGAGAAGAGAAAAAGGCAAAGGCAAGAAGAAGGUGAAAAUCGAAGAAGAGAGUGGAAAGAACGUUAUGGGCAUAAUAGAGAAGAUUCCACUAGAAACAGAAAUGUUCAUGUUGAUUCAAAAGAGUCGAGUUUUUCAGAUACCAGUACAAACCGAUCAGCAGCAUCCAAAUAUACCCGGGCUAAUAAUAGGACCGAAAGGGACCGAAUAGAACUCCUACAAGAUGCGGAACCCCUGGAUUUUAACGCGGAAGCAUUUACCGAUGACCCUCUGGAACCUGAAUCAGGAAGGUAUCAGCCUGGUGGACGAUACCUCUCGAUGUCUCGCAGCAGAAUAUUUGAUGAUGUCUAAAGUCUGGAAGAAUCCGUGGAAUAACCAACCACAACCAAAAUCGACACGUCAGUUCAGUCUUUGUGGGCAUCUCUAUACCCUGGAAUUUGCACUGCAUUCUCAGUGAAAUGUCAGGAUGAGAAAGACACUGAAAAUUAAUCGCAGCUUAGUAAUAACAGUUCAUUCUGCUUUGAUAGAGUAGCAUCUUUUCUCGUAGAAUUUAUUACAUGCCGUUUCUGAAGGGUCUGCCUCAGAAGCAGGGGUGCGGUCGGAGGGGUUGAGUUUGUGAUCAGGAUCGCUGUAUGUUGAGAGCAAGUAGCUCCGUUCGUUCAGAUUUCCUUUCCCAGGAAAGCUGAUUCGAAGCUCCAAGGAAGCCCUAAGUCAAACUUAAUAAUAACGUCAUACAGCUCUUUUGAUUUACUUUUUUGCUGUUUUUAAAGAAUAUGUUCAUCCUCUGUUUCCCACAGAAUUGGAGACCUCGAAUAAUAACCGUAUUUACAAAACCCAUGUCUUAAAACAAGGCUCACUUACAAACAUACCUGAAUGUAAAAAGCUCUUUUUCAACUCUGUAUGUCUGUUAUUAGUGCGGUUUUUGCACGUACAAUUAGGAUUAUACUUCAGCCGGUGGUGGUAGUAUCUCUAGCAUGUGUGCUCUGACCGGGUGACGAUUAGCUCUUUCAUUUUUUGGUAGUAGCUGGAAACUGUUGUAUGCCUUUGGUAUUGCUUUGUAAAGAUUUUCAUUUCAUCUUUAUCAUUAGCAUGAUGAUUUGUUUUGAUUAUUCCAUCUAGGGAGAAUCCUACACAUUAAUUGUAAAUAGUAGGAUUUUUUUUUAAUAACCAAAGAUUCUCCCAGAAUUCUCUAAUUUUUAAGGUACCUGUUUAGGCUUUUUGAAAAAGAAUAUCUGGUUAUUCAAAGGUAAAAAGUGAAUCCAUUUUCUAUUAAUACUAACACUUUAAUUGUGGUUUGUAGAAAACAGAAAACUAUAGGCAGACCUUGGAGAUAUUGUGGAUUCGGUCCCAAACCACAGCAGUAAAGUGAGUCUUAAGUAAAGUGAGCUGUCAUCUCUUUGCAGGUGGAGGGCAUUGCCUUCGAUUUAUAAGAACAGUGACAUCUGUGGGACAGAUAAGGCGAAGCACAGUACAGUGAGCUGUGCCUGUGUACUGGAGCGGAAGUGUGUCAUAACGUGCUGGUUAAACGUGCUUAUUAGAUUGAUUUUUUAACCUCUGUGUUUCAGUCAGAGUUGUUAGGGAUUAUAUUUUAAAUCAUCACAUUACACAGUGAAUAUAGUUAGGCGAAACAUGCUUGCAGAGUUUUUACGUCCCUGAAACGUUUCCACGUCUCAGAGGCCCACGCUGUGGAUCCGCCCCCUGGUGGCUGUGCUCUAGCUUGCCCGCGACAGUCGCUGCUAGGGACCUACCGCCCUGUGUCAUCUUCCCAGUGCUCGCGCUCACUCCCACGUGUUCCGGCCUGAGACGGAUUACAUAGUCACUCUAACAGUGUGAUUAUAUGUUUCUUAAAAACAGUCUUUCCCCGAGGCAUACUUUUUCAGUUUUCAUCUUUAGUGUUAUCAUGUAAGUGUUUAAAGACACAGAUCUAUGCAGACAGACGCUGACAGGAAUGGUGUAUCUUAGUUAAUCUAAUUUUCUUCCAUUUUUUUUUAGAUUAGCUCCCUUUUAAAAUAACUAUCAAUGGAUAGGUUUUACUGUCAAUCAAAGGUCACAUAAAGUGUCCACUUGAGGCCACACACACACAGCCUUAUGUGUUGAAGUGUGGUUAGAGGGCAGCCGGCCAAGAGCGGAGGUAAUUCAGUGCUAUCUGUAACUUCGUGGUGGACGUCUGAAUACCUUGGGCAAGUCACGUAACCUUUCAGUGCCUCAAACUCUUCAUUUGCAAAAUGAAGGUGGAACUCGCUCUUUACCUCCUGAUCUACCUCGCAGAGCUCUUGUGAGGGCGUUGGGCUGAGGUUUGUGUGGCGGGGCGGAAGGAGAACCCAGACUCAGCCGCCAGCUGUCCCGUUCUGCCUGGUGGUGCUCGAAGGCUCGGAACGGGAGAUGAGCACCCCACGGAGGGACCCAGAGUCUCGUUGUUAGAGAGAAUCUUACAUGUCUCCGAAGCGACAGCUCUUGCGGGAAAAUUCACCCAAAGUCCUGUGAAAGUAGUAUGUCUUAUUAUUUAGUCUUCGGAAUAUUUCCCUUACGUAAAAUGUUUCUCAUCAGGUUUUCUUGUAAAACUCAGAUGCUUUGUAGAAGCUGAAGUAGAAAAAGAGAAGAAAUCAUUCAAUUACUUUUAUACCUUACAAUGCCCUAAGAUAACUUGAUAGGAAAGUAUCAGGAAAUGUACUACUUUCUGUUAGUUUUAACUUUUUAUGAUUAUAACAAUUGAAGUAUUAUACUUCACAAACAGUAGAUCCCUUUACGACUUCUGAGUUACUUCCCAAAUGAUUUUGGUUAAAUGAUCCAGCAUAGUCAACUUUUUAAGCAGAAUUUAUCUUGCCGGAUCUUAUAUAUGAUCAUUUUGGAAAAUUAUCUGGCUAGACAAAUUUGAGUUUGGAAGGUAGUGAUUUAAUCACUGAAGACCAAGAGUUUAUUGCUAGGGGACUAGGUUAAUAUUUAUUAAGCCACCUGUGUGAAAAACAGUAAGUACAAAAGAUUUCUUUCCUGAAAAGCUUAUUAAAAUGUAAUAACAUCUACUGUAAAACAUCACUACCAAAUUAACACAGUGUACAUGCAAAGUACAUUCCUUGAAGUGUUACUUCUGGCAAUUACCUUUUGAUGCCUUUCUUACAUAAUAAUAGUUAUCUGAUUAAAUUUUGUAUAUUAUUUUUCUAUAAUUGUUAGGUAAGGAUAUUCAGUGAGCCAAUAAUUCAAAAUAGUCAUUGCUGAAAGUAAUAAUUCAUAAUCUAAUUUCAUGAAUCACCUGUAAGUUGCAAAUUGUUUUUGUUACUCCAUCAAUAAUCCUUUAUAGCCCUGGCUGGUGUGGCUCAGUGGAUUGAGUGCCAGCCUGCAAACCAAAGGGUUGCUUGUUCGAUACCUAGUCAGGGCACAUGCCUACGUUGUGGACCAGGUCCCCAGUAGGGGGUGCAUGAGAGGCAACCACACAUUGAUGUUUCUUUCCCUCUCUCCCUCCCUUCCCUUCUCUAAAACUAAAUAAAUAAAAUCUUUUUAAAAAUCUAUUAUUAUCAAUAGAGCAGUUUUGUAAAAAUCAUUAUUAAAAUAAGAAAUAAGGUAUAAGCCUAAUUAUUAGAAUUGAUUCCCUUACCAAAUGAAUACAAGGGCUUUGGAAUAAUGUCAUCACACAAGAGGCCCUCAUUUCACAAGAGCUAAAUCGAAACAUCCAAUGGUUCUUUAUUUACAAAAAACAGAUCAGAGAAUUUGACAAUCCAAACCUUCAGAAAGAAACGCUGCCAGUCGGUUUGUUUCUGGGCUCCACUAUUUGAUUAGAUGAUCAGUUCUUAAAUUUAUGCUGUCUAUGUACCCAAAUAAAAUUAAAUGUGGAUGGGAAAGGCGAUGUGUGUUUUCUUAAGUAUAUUGUAGCAUAUAAAUGGAGGAAUUCAUGUAUGUACAAUAGAAAACCGCUUUUUUAUAACUUUAAUAGGUUUAGGGAAUGUUGUUGAUGGUAUGUUGGUUACCAUUUUAAAGGAAAAAAUAUCCUCUCUGUGAUUAUAAUACACUCUGUUCAGUUGUGUUUUAUAUUUGUGAUUUGAAUGGACCAUGCCUGAAAAUCACAAGGAUAAAUAUAUUGACACUAAGAAGCAAACCUUGUUCUUUUUUUUAUAAGUUUUUUUAAAUUUUUUAAAAGAUUUUAUUUUUUAAGAGGGAAGGAAGGGAGAAAGAGAGAGAAACAUCAAUGUGCGGUUGCUGGGGGCUGCCGCCUGUAACCCAGGCAUGUGCCCUGACUGGGAAUCGAACCUGCGACACUUUGGUUCGCAGCCCACGCUCAAUCCACUGAGCUACACCAGUAGCUUGUUCUUGAAAAGAAUAAACCUUGUUCUUGAAAAAUCUUAACAUGCUUGAGUCUCCGAAGUGGAUUGGAUUGGAUUGGGUUAAAUUCUAAAUGUAAGAAGAAAAUAGGCUUAGAGGUGUAUCUGUCUUUCUUCCUUUCUCAUUCAGCUUACACCUCCCUUCCUUUACGAAGCCUCUCUGUAGAGGAUGACUUUUCAAGUCUCGGCAGAUUUUUCUUCUGUUGUUUAUUUUUUUUGUUGACUCCUCAUUGUGUUUUUCCCCAUCAUUCUGUGGUUUUGUGUGCACAGUUGUUUGUGAUGAUCCUCGGUAUACUCAGAGGAAAUGGUUUCAACCACACAGACCCCACUGCUGAAAUGGCAGGUCUGCACCCGAAGUAGUGGAGCAGGUUUUGUUAGUCCGCGGGGCCUGUGCGCGCUGGUGUGUUGUCUCUUCGAUUGCUAAGGCGGGCACUUCAGCGAAACGAACUAUUCUCAGUGUAACGUUCUAGCAUAAAAAUGGAUUUCCAAAAGCAGUGAUUGUUAAAAAACAAAGCAAAAAAUGUUAAAAAUCUUGAGACUGCCCUGGCUGGAGUGGCUCAGUUGGUUGGAGUGUUGUCCUGUAACCAAAAGGUUGCAGGUUCGCUUCCUGCUCAGGGUACAUACUUCAGUUGCAGGUUCAAUCCCUGGUCCAGGUGCUUAUGGGAGGCAACCAAUUGAUCUUUCUAUCUCCUGUCGACACUUCUCUCUCUCCCUUCCUCUCUAAAAGGAAUGAAAAAAAUAUCCUCAGGUGAGGAUUUAAAAAAAAAAAAGCCCUUGAGAUUUUUUUUAAGGGAGGAACUCAUAACUAUAACAUCAUUGUUAAGAUUUUUAUUAGGAGAGGUUGAAACAGUGUGAGAGGGUUGGAGGCCUUCUAAAAUAGGAGUUCCCUCUGUAGAAGGUCCUUCGUCCAAGUCUGACUUUUUCCUACUCAGAGACCCGGAAGAGCCUGCGGUGGUGCUCCCUGCCGGGUUCCCAGGGGGACUGGCCCUGUGCGCCCCUUCCCCGAUCAGAGCCGGCCUGUCCCCGCCCUGCCCUGGCCCCACCCACUGCCGUGGGAACGCGCCCUCACCGCUAAUGUCUUUCACGCUCAGCCUGAUUUUCCUAAAAUUUUAUUCUCAUUUUCCAAAGAUCUGUCCUUUGAGGUUGAUGGAAGCCUUAUUGUAAUUUUAAGCUUGUUAAUAACGCAAGAAUGAUGACACACUCCUCUUCUAUAUUAAAAACAAGACAUUUGUUUUUAAUAUACUCCCUGGGGGAAAUUAGCUUUUUUCCUCUGAAAAUCUCUUCUUAUGUGGUUAUUUUGAUCUCAGAUUAUUUUUUGCAAAAAGAAAUUUUGCUGUCCUUAGUUCAAAAAAAUAGAAAGAAUGGCUCACUGUGGCAGACAUACAGGGUAAAGUCGAAAUGUAUUAAUCUGACUAUACAACACCAUUUCAAGUUGACACUUCACGUCAAUCUUAUCAACCUAGUCGCUUAGCGCUGUGCUUCUCCAAGGAGAGCUGGCUAGCAUCUUCCCUGCUGGUGUGCAGAGUUGUGGGGGAGAGACUGUGUAUUUAUUUUUUAAAAGUAAUCCAAUGGAUUUGUUUUUGUCCAUAUUUUGAAAACAGGCUUGAAGAAUUUUUCUCAUUUUAGAAGGUAGAGAACAUGUGGACCUGUCUUUUAAAUUACUGUAAUCUAAUAUAUAUUUAUAAAUUACAGCAUUGAAAAAGAGUUCUGAUAUUGAUGUUGUCAAUUCCUAGUAUUUAAUUUUUAUAAAAUGUUUUGUAAGUAACUAAUUGUAGUAUUGCUUUUAAGUAGUUUAAAAAAAAAAACCCUUUCUCAAAUAAAUUCUGCCCAGAACCUAUUUCCUUAGGGCAAUAUUCUAAAAGUUCAUUAGUCCAGUGUGAAUUGGAAAUAUUGCUAUAUCUGUUCAGUAUCUUUUUAUAUAUAUCAGUACCCAAGCAAAGUAUACAAACACCUAAUUUCUGUGCUGCAUUAAUAAAGUAUGUGCAAAUUAUCUAAUUCAGUGGAUUAGUUGAAAUAAAAGAUAAGUCUUUUUCAAAUGUGUAUCUGAUCAUAAUUUUUCAAAAUGUUCAUUAUGUUUUUUGUGGUGCAUGAUGCCAAAUUUAUCUUUAAUCAGCCAUUGCUACCUGAUAUGUAUAUCUGAUCAGUGGGUUGUGGAUUUAACUAUUUUUCUCUGCAUAUUUUCACUACAUUUUCAAAUGUGUGUUUGGAAAACGCUGCAAAGUGCUAUCUAUAGGUAAACUAGCAUCUUUGGCCUCAUCUGUGCAUAAUGGUCUCUCAGUUUGGUUUUGACAAGCUCAUGGACUUGCACUUGCUCUGUAGUGUUUUAACUUAUUGUGAUGUAAUACAUUUUUUGAAAUGUUUGAUUUGCUGUUAAAAUAUAGAAAAUUAUGUAGCUUUGCAUGAAAUAAAGUACAUUUCUACAAAUUA